UUCUCUCUUAUCAUCUCCUACUGAGCCUAAUAAAGGACAGCCGUGAAAAUUCAAGACACAAGCUUCAUUUCUCUCUUAUCUCCACCUUCUGAACCCCUCGUUCGCAAUCUUUGCGUGACUGAGCGUGAAUCCAUGGACGGCUCAAAACUCCAUGUAGCUAUUCUUGUAAGCCCAGGAAUGGGACACCUCAUCCCUGUCCUCGUUCUGGCCAACCGCUUAGCCACCCACCACCGCGUUAAAGUCACAGUUCUCGUAGUCACGACUGUUUUUUCGCCGCCGGAAUGUCAGCUGCUCAAACUCCCCGACGAGCAAAACCCCGUUGAUAUAAUCGAACUGCCUCCUGUGGACAUUUCACACCUUGUAAAACCCGAUACCAAAGUAGGGACACAACUGUGCAUGAUGGUACGAGAGGCGUUGCGGGGCUUCCGGUCCGCCAUCUCCGCCAUGUACCACCGUCCUGACGCCCUUAUCGUGGACCUUUUCUGCACUGAAGCUCUUCCUAUCGCGGCUGAGUUCAACAUGGCGAAGUAUGUGUAUGUGCCCACGACAGCAUGGUUUACUGCCCUCACUCUAUACUGUCCGGUUCUUGAUAAAGAAAUCGAUGGACAGUAUGUUGAUCAAGAAGAUUUGUUAAAAAUUCCUGGCUGCAAACCGGUUCGACCAGAGGACGUGGUCGAUCCCAUGCUGGACCGGAACGAUCAACAUUACUACGAGUAUGUGAGCAUGGGGAAUCGGAUUCCACAAUAUGAUGGGAUCCUGCUGAAUACAUGGGAAGAUUUGGACUCCAUAACUCUGAAAGCUUUCAAGGAAAAUGAAAUCUGGAGGUCGAUGGUGAAGAUCCCGGUUUAUCCCAUCGGUCCACUGAGGAGACCGGCCCAACCGGACGGUUCAAAGAGUGCAGUAAUUGAAUGGUUAGACAAACAGCCUAAUGAAUCAGUAAUAUUUGUUUCAUUUGGAAGUGGUGGGAUGCUUUCGGCUCAGCAAAUUACAGAGCUGGCUAUUGGUUUAGAAUUGAGUGAACAGAGAUUUAUUUGGGUGGUGCGCCCACCCAUGAAAGGUGCAGCUGACGAUGCAUUUUUCACCACAAAAACUGUUUAUUCAGACGGUACUUCGCACUACUUGCCUGAAGGAUUUUUGACCAGGACCGAAAGCUUAGGACUAGUGGUCCCAACGUGGGCCCAGCAAGUGGAGAUCCUCGACCACCCUUCAGUGGGAGGAUUUAUGUCGCAUUGUGGGUGGAACUCGACUAUAGAAAGCAUAUGUAGUUGUGUACCAAUGAUUGCAUGGCCACUCUACGCCGAGCAAAGACUCAACGCCACCUAUCUUGUGGAGGAGCUUGGAAUUGCUGUCAGGCCUCGGGUGCUGCCUACCAAAGAAGUGGUGGCGCGUGAAGAAAUAGAGAAUAUGUUGAGGACGUUGAUGGAUGAAAAAGAAGGCAAGAAAAUGAGAGAAAAUGUGAAAAAACUGAAAAUCAGUGCGGAAAAUGCUUUAAGGAAAGGAGGCUCGUCGUACAAUUCAAUGUUGGAGAUGCUCAAACAUGUUACUACAAACCUUAAAGCCUCAGAACACUGUUAGUUUACUGAUCCAUCCCCAUUGCCGCGCAAUCUAUCUGUAUGAAUAAUAAAUGUGUUAAAUAGGGAAACACGGGGCCAUUGUCCAUGCAUGGAUUGUUAUUGUUUACUACUGUAUAUGUACAAUUACAGUGUAUGUUACGUGCACAAUGAUAUCUUGGUCCAAGGUAGGUUAAUUUACACUUCAUCAA